GGUCCGUCAAUAUUUGUGUUUCUCAACAACUUUAACAAGAUUUAAAAAUUUUAUGUGGACAGAAGAAAAAAAGAACACCUGUAUUCAUAAAUAUGACAAUGGCAGUGAAUGGGUAUCUUGUAUCAUUCAAAAGGGUGGAGUCGUCGAUCCUUUGUGUUGUAAUGUUACAAGAUAAACAAGUUUUUCAUCAAAAAUAUUUCUAGAAAACUGUAACUUUUGUAAGUGGCUGUUGGCAGUGUCACUUUGUGUAUGGACCCCACUCUAGAUGCCUGGCCCAGCUUUUCUAACUUUCUGUGUCGAAUGACAAAAACGUAUGAGAUUUAUGCUGAACAUUCAAACUACCAGGGCUCGACACUAACUUUUUUUCCAUGGUCAUGAUGGUGGCCCGAAAGACCAGCAGCUUUGCAACCUGCUGGUCCGACAGAAUUUCAGGUGGUCCUGCCUAUUACAUUUGUUAUUUUAAACGUGAAGAUGAGACCAAGAAAAGGGAAGGAGAACGCUGACUGUGUGUCGGCAGAAGAAAAAGGAAUUCUAGAAGUGAAGUUUAUUGACAGUUACAUAGGUUCAGGUGUGUUUGCCUCGGACACUAUUGAAAAGGGACAGCUGGUUUGUUACUAUGAAGGAGAGCUGAUCUCGGGGAAAGAUGGUAUACAGAGGUUUAAUACUCCACAUGAUAAAGGAAGCUUCCUUUUUUUCUUCCAUCAUGAAGGAAAACUGUUCUGCAUUGAUGCAACACACUCAUCUGGUUGUGGCCGGAUGAUAAAUGACGAUCAUCGAAGGCCUAACUGCAAAGUCAGACUCAGUCUUACAGGACCAAAAUUAGCAAUUUAUGCACUAAAAGAUGUGUACAAGGGUGAUGAACUUCGGUAUGACUAUAAAGACACAACAGCCUUCUGGCAAAGGACCCUGUGGAGAAGAAUGAAAAAACAACAGAAAUGGAUGCCGGUGGUGAAAGCAGUGUCAACAAGUUGAGGACAC